AUGACGGGUCAGCACGUCCGACCUGAGUCGGCGACGGCAACGGCGCCGGCGUCUUGGCCCUGGCCGAACCAGGGCCCGGCGAGGAUCAAUGACCUCAGGAGCGCCAUGCGGGGGCUUUCCAUCUCAGAGCCGAGUUCUCAGGCCGCCUCCCCCGGUGCGACCUUGUCGCCAAUGUCGAGCAUGCUGGGAGGCUCAAGCCGUGCAUCUGCAUCUGGAGGGCCAUCAGAGAGGGCGGCGGUGGAACGCAGACUCGACCAGCUGAGAGGCUGCACACAGAGGCUUCGAGCGGCGCGGGUCCCCGGGUCUGACCCUGGGUCCGUCGACAGCGCGUACGACGAGUUCGCGAGGGUCAUGCACGAGGCGUCAGACGCGAUCGAGGCAGUGUUGGCCGCAGACAAGCCGUUGCGGCCAACGGGCACAUCUCGCCGUGCCCGCAAUGGCUCAGUCGCAGUGGAGAGGCUCGAGUCGAUGUCCCUGUCCAUGUCGAUGGGCACAGCGCAGGGGAGCCUGGCCGGCGGCGGCGACAUUGACGGCCUAAGGGCUUCGUUCAGCACUCUUGGCCUCGGUGCGCCCGAGGGACCCGCCCGUGGCGACCCGUCUCUGGCAGCCAUCUGGGAUUGGAGGGCAGUGCUGGUGAAGCUGCUCGAGUCUCACAGGAGCAGUCUGGCCGCAACAAUCCAGGCCCACGACAGGAACGCCCCGCCCGAGCUGGCGGCGAGGGCCCUGGACGACCCUGGCUACCGCGCCGGCAUGAUCCACGAGAUGCGCACGAGAAAGAGCCCCCUGUCGUCCGACCCGGCCGCCGCCUCGCCCCGCUACUGGUCGCUGUACGAAAGGCGGUUUGAACAUUACGACACGGUCAAGGCGGCCGUCAUGCAUGCGGACCGCCUGCUCACGACGGCCGCGCCCGGGGCCGACAAGAGGGCCAGAAAGACCGGCGUGCGUGAAUAUGUCGUCUCGCCGCGGGGCAACGCGGUGCUCGAGUUUGAGAACUCUGGAUCCCCCGACACUCCGCUGCUGCGCUUUCGCGUGUCAAGCCAUAUGCUGGCUGAAACGUCGCCCAUCUUCGAGGCUGUCUUUGGGGGCCAGUUCAGCCACCCGCGGAUCCUCGACAGGGACCUCAGGGAGCUGGACGGCCAGCUGCCUAGGGAGCCACCGCGCUCGGUCACCUGCGCCGACGGCAGCUGUGUCAGGCUGUACAGCAUGCCACAGCUCGAGCCCAACAAGGAGGAGGCGCUGACCAUCUUGCUCCACGCCGCCCACAUGCAGAACGACAAGGUCCCACGCGAGGUCAGCUUCGCCCAGUUCACAGCCAUCGCAGAGGUCUGCCUCAGAUACAUGUGCACCUCUCCGCUCGAGCUCAUGGUCGAGCACCGCUGGCUGCCUGCAUGGGUGCACAAGGCCACCGAGCAACAGCCCGACGGCAUCCUGCUCAUCAGCUACGCCUUUGGCUUGCGCCGGCUUUUCACCCGCAUGUCGAAGACGGCAGUGCUGAACAUUGUGGACGAGCAAGAACUACGGGCCAAGCCCUGGCCAAAGGCCGUCAAGGACAAGAUCUGGGCCGUGAGGACUGCCAAGCUGGACCAGGUCUUCAGCACCUGCGUCAGCACGGUACAGGAGUACUUCCGCCCGCCCGCCCGCCCGAGCAAUGAUGCCGGCGCCGGGGCUGGGCCUCCCCGUGGCCGUGAUCCACAUGCGGGGCCCCCGGUGCUGCCGCCUUCGUGCCCAGCUCAACCCCCGUUACCCACCUACAUCUCUCUCAUGUCCCUGACCAGCGCGCCGCGUUGUCCGAGAGGCGACCACUGGUGCGACGCCACGAGCCUGGGCUGGCUCCUCCUGGUCCUCAACGAACUGCAGCUCGCCUGGACCGUGGUCAACCCCUCUGUCCUGUCUUACGCACAGAGCCAACAGAGCCAACAGAGCCAGACGCCCCGGUCGCUUGCCCAACUCCUCGAUGUGCUGCGGUCGAUCCCAAGCCCGCGACACCCGCCCCACCCGGCCUCCACGGUGUGUGACCCUGCCCCGGCCUUCCGCGCCGCCGUCAAUGACGUAUACAAUAGCAUCAGCGGCCUCACUUUGUUUGAUGUGGACGGCAAGAGACACGGCUGGGGCUUGUCAAGGCACAGGCUGAAUGAGCCGCAGACGAUACAGAACGUCCCGCUGGGCAAGCUCACGAGGUCGAGCCUCACUGGCUCGAGUAUACAAGACCAGGUAUCCGCGCGAGGGUCGGUGGAGAUGGACAAUGAAGAGCUGAUGCCAGGAAGCGGCAGUGACACAGACACGACGGUAGACCAGGAGCAAGAAAUACAACGAGGCAGCGCACCCGACAGUGUGCAGCGGCAGCACCCACCUCCCGCAUUCGCGCCCGACGAGGCCCUUUUCCUGCGCAUCAUGAAAAAUGCAGAAACCUUCGACGACCUCCACGCACUGGCACUUGUGAGCCCUGCCUCCUAUGCGGCCUUCAAGAACAAUGAGCUCGCCCUCAUGCGGCCACUGGUCGGCGCCUGGCGGCGGCGGACGCUCAGCGCUCUGGCGGGCGGGCCAUCAAGGCCUCAGGAUCUCCUGCCGCAGGAGUUGGCCCGGCUUGAGGGCUUGCAGGCCAGGUCAGAGGAGAACAUGCCGCGAAACCAUGCUCCUGCUCCGUCGCCUCCUCUAUUAAGCCGCCACCAGAGCACCCAGGACGCGCUGGCCGAGGCUGCCCAGCUGGAGCUCUUGUGUCCGAAUGACGUUGAAGAGGGCCACGACACCAGCCCAGAUAGUGACAGUCGCGAGGGUGAAGAAACUCGCAGGAUGACCGAGGAGGAGGCCGGGUUGAUACUCUGGCCUGAGCAACCGUCUCCAUCAAACCUCAGGGUGGCGGCGGCGCCUCGUGGCGCGUUCGACAGGGACAGCGACGACAAGUUCCUGGCUCAAGACUUGUGUCUGCUUCCCGAACACAAAUCGCUCGCCGUUCUCGGGGACAAGUCCCUCAGGGUAGACCUUGACAAAAGGAAGGGCAUCGACAGUGCAUGA